CAUUUUGUAACAGUGGUUACCUGAGGUCAGAGGUUACAUCUCUGGAAGCGUCGCGGGAAACGUUUUCUUUGUGUUUUGAGCACGUGUGGCGAGGAAAAGACGAGAAAAUGGUGGUUCUGACCAACUUGCCGCCUCCCACAGAAGGCGUGAGGCACACGGAGAAGAACACGGUCGCUGUCGUCGGCGAGAAGAACUUGGGAGACGGAACUUUGUACAUUGCAGAGAGUUGUGUAGCAUGGACCAAUCCCGGCGGAGAGGGGUUCAACCUACAGUACCCGUCCAUAUCCCUCCACGCCGUGUCUCGAGACCAGACAGCGUUUCCACAGCAGUGUCUCUACAUCAUGCUAGACUCUGACAUCACAGAUAAGGAGCCCAGCCCAGCAGAUACAGGGUCAGGUGACGAGGAGGAAGAAGAAGAAAACCAAGCUGACAUGACGGAGGUCAGGUUCAUCCCCCAGGACAACACAGCAUUGGACCCCAUGUUCCAGGCCAUGAGUGGAUGUCAGAUGUUACACCCAGACCCGGAGGACCUGGACUCUGAUGAAGAGGAGUAUGAGGAGGAUGGCUGUGGAGAUGCUGAGUAUUUUGAGGAUGCGGAAGGGUUUGAACACCUGACUGAGGAGGGUCGGGCCACGCUGGCACACCUGGAGAGUGUCAUACAGGUGCCAGGUGUGGGAAACGGACAGGCUGGGGAAUUCUCACAAACCAUGGGGGGUGUGCACGGUGAGCUGAAUGGCAGAGACGAUGAUGAUACUACUCAGCCCACAGAGCCCAUGGAGGUAGGGCAGUUCGACGAUGCAGACCCCGAGAAGUGAACCCAGGAAAACAACCACAACAAUCCCGAUAUCAGAUGUACAGUUUUCUAUG